CAUCCAAAGCAUACAAAGCGCCGCUCGUUGUCCACCUGCCCUGCUAUGUGUGAAUGGUCAUGAGGAGGGUUACCUAAUCCACCCUUCUCCUGUCGCUCUCCACGCGUCUGCAUUAUAUAUUCUAUGACCGCUCAACAAUCGCAAUCGCAAAUCCCCUCGAUGCGCUAGCUUCCCAGUCCUACAUGGUCCGCCAACCCUGAACACACCGCCCGUCUCAAAACAUCCCCGCAGCAGACGCACAACAGAAACGAAACUCCUUUUAACCCACAUUUUCCCUACACCUCGAGCAGACACCGUACCCCAAUGCCCUCUCGCUGCUAAAAUCACUUUCUGCUCACCCCGCCGCCCCAAUUGCUUCAAUGGCGGCUAAAGUAGCUCCUCCACGCUCUGCUGCGAACGGGUUCCCCCACUCCAACGACCUCAAUUGGGCUACCGAAACGCAGAAAAUACCCGCCCAGGAGCGCAAGGCAGCAUUUCCUGCGUUCAAUGGCUUUGUAGACGGGUCACAUUCCUGCCGAACGCUUGCAGUCCCCUCGAAAAAGAAAGUCAAGAAUGAAAGUUUGCUCGGAAUGCUCUGCACCCAAAUCUGCAAGCACCAGAUAGGCAUCUCGGUGAACCUCCUCCUCCUUAUCUUCUUGGCGCAUAUUUGCUUCCCGCGUGCUCGGCGACGGACCUCGAAAUUCUUCCACCUCUCCUACUACAACCCCAAGACUGGCCUAUACGGCUGCGGAAACGACGACGUUCCAUUAGUAUUGCUAUGGAUUGUCAUCUUCACGGGUCUUCGUGCGGUCAUCAUGGACUACGUCCUGGACCCCCUCGCGCGGUUAGGAGGAAUUAGAACCAGGAAAGAGCUAGUGAGGUUCAAAGAACAGGCGUGGCUGAUCGUAUACUGUUCGGUAUUCUGGUCUCUCGGCAUGUACAUUAUGUACCAUUCUGAGUUUUGGCUCAAUCUUAGCGGCAUGUGGCAUGGAUGGCCUUUCCGUGAGGUGAGCGGACUUCAUAAGUGGUAUUACCUCGUCCAAUUUGCGUUUUGGAUUCAGCAAAUCCUUGUUGUCAACAUUGAAGAGAAGCGCAAGGACUACGCGCAGAUGUUUACACACCACAUCUUUACUUGUGUGCUCCUUUUCGCCAGUUAUGGCUAUCUCCACAUGAGAGUUGGCACUGUUAUUUUGUGCAUCAUGGAUGUGAUUGAUAUCAUUCUUCCUACUGCAAAAAUUCUCAAAUAUAUGGGCUACACAACUGCCUGCGACAUUGCCUUCGGAGUCUUCAUGGCUGUCUGGGUUGUGACCCGUCAUAUCUUCUUCCCCUUUGUCUGUUGGUCUAUCUAUGCCCACACUCCGAGUGCCAUGGCCCCAGGCUGCUAUCUUCCCGAUGGCUCGGUGGUACUAGCAAGCUCAGCCGAGCAGUAUGACGCCCUUGGAGGCAAUAACAUCUUUAGUAAUAUCCUCCAAGCUUACCUCAACCGAGAAGGUCCAAUCUGUUGGAAUCCAACCAUCCGAUGGAGCUUCCUAUACCUUCUCCUUGCCCUCCAGGUAAUUCUGCUCUUUUGGUUCGCCAUGGUCAUCAAAGUAGCCUACAAGGUCAUAACUGGCCAAGGUGCGGAUGAUGACCGAUCCGACGAUGAGGAUGAGGACUUAGAUAUUGGCGUCGAAGACGAGCAUCGGCCGGACCUGAAGACAUCUCAUCCCCUCCAUACUGUCAAGUCUGCUCCGGAGUGGCUCCCAGUCGAACAAGAGGUUGGUGUCGAAUCUCUGACCUUUGUCCGCAAGGCCAGUCCUGGUGUUCGCUACAAGCGAAGCUCCGGCAGCAGAACCAGCGGCAUCAGCAUUCCGGGUCAUGGGGAUCGGAAGGAGUUACUUGGGCGCAUAGGGUGUGACAAACCGACUUAAUCUUCCCGUCCAGUUGCGGCUAGGGUUUGGUGGCGUUUGACUGCAGUGGCUGCAAAAUAUUGGCUGAGUUUGGGCGGACUGGUGGCAGUAUCGUCCAGUAAUGGGUUGAGGCUAUGGUCGAGUCUCGGUUGCUUCUUCUUACAUACCCCUAGAGGAUAGAAUUAUAACUCUA